UCAAAGUUCUCGUACAUGUAUCAUGAAUUGGAUGAUAAUGUAUGCUUAAUCAUUUUAAAUCUAAGUAACCUAUUAAGUCUGUGCUCGGUGUCAUGAAUAUCUUAAAUGCUUUAUUUCAUGAUGGAGAGAAUUUGCAUGUAGAAAAUUAGUUAUUUAUUAACUGAGAAAUUGAAUUGCUUUUAGAGAUGUUUAUAAAAUGAAGUUUUUUGUGAAAUCUAGGAACACUUACUGUGCUAUAAACAAAAUCUAGUUCAUUUUUAAGGUAUUUUUUUCCUAAUUAUUUUCUGUGUUUUUGUUUUGUCCAGUUUGCUGGGGUUGUUGUGUUUUUUACUUUUGUUUUUUAAGAUUUGAGUCCCAGCUGAUUCUGGACAUUUAACUGAAAAAAAAAAAAAGUAAUUUAAAAGCAUAAUAAAAUGAUCACUCAUGUAUGUGCUAGAGUAAGUGAGAGAUGCAGCUGCAUAUAGUUUACAAUGUACCUGUAGACAGCUGAAGUAGUGAUUGUCGAGGGUUGUGCUUUUAGUGAACUGUCAGUUUACUAGCUCUGAGUUAAUGUAUCUUUAGGAGCUUAGCAGCAUUGAGUAUCUGUUUAACUGACUAAACUCCAAAAAUGUGUAUGAUCACAAUACUUUUUGGACUAAGGGGGUGGGGGUAGUGGCAAGAGAACACAUUUUUAUUUUACCAAAAGUAUGUUGAGAUGAUAGUUGUGAAUGUUAGAAGUUUAGAACAAAAUAGCUUAGGUUUGUUUUUGUUUUUUAAUCAUAAAAGCAAGCUAGAUGUUGACAUUGCUCUUUUAGGCUGUGUGUUUUCCAUAUGCUUCUUGCUUUCCCUGUCACAGGUGGUGGCAGCAAUAUUGGUGUGAUUGAGGUUAUGCUGGCACCACUCGCACACAGGCGCACAAUGGUGUUAGCUGGGCAGAAAGAGUGGCAUCUCUGGCUACCGGGCUGGGGGCGACCUUUACCGUAGGAUGAAGUAACCUUGCAUUCGGCUGCAAGGUGUACUGUACGUACACAGGUGCUGGUCGGCGUCCACUUUCUGCUUCUCUUUCUUUUCUUUUCUUUUUCCUUAAACAUAAUUUCCCCACAGUAAAAUCCAGACUCCCGAGUAAAUUGAUCUUACAGUUUGAUGGAAUUGGGAGUCUGACAAGUGAACGCAAUUCAUGUUAAUAUAAAGUAAUUGGUUUUUGAGUACUUUCUCUGUUUUUUGGAGUUCUUGAGAUGCUUGGCAGUACCUUAAAUCACUGACCCAGUUACUGUACUUAACGUUCCUGUGGAAAAAAUGUGCAGAAAGGAAGUAGCAGAAAGGAGGGAAGCUGCCUCACUAGGCUUGCUGUAACCUCCAAGCUUAUGUUUAACCUAACAGACUGCAGUAAAAGUCCUGUGUAGAGACACUUCAGAGGUCGAGGCAAGUGUACCACGAAUUCAAGGCCAGCCUGGGCUACUUAAAGGCCAGCCUGGACCUCUUGGUGAGACAUUGCCUCAAAGCAAACAACCAGCAAAAGUUAUUGAGAACCUUCUGCACACGGUCUUUGGAUGUUUAAAAUCUAAACUGUACGUGAACUUAUUUUUAGUAAUUUAACUGUUUUCUGCUGAAAAUAACUUAUUGAUUAUAGUCAUUUUGGAAAAAAAAGUAUUAAAUCUUGAGUACCAAAAAAAUGUUGUAAUUAUUUUCAUAAAAUAGCAUUUUCACUUGUAAUGUGGUUUAACAUCCUUGUUUGUUUGCCAAAAAAAAAAAAAAAAGUUUGGCUGUGAAAAUUCUCUUUGCUUGCAGUAUCUGUUUCUCUUCCUAGGCUCUCGUGGUGACCCAAGCCUAUUGUAAACAAGUGAUUAUCUCAAAGGGAGAUGCCAAUGGAGUAACAAUUUGCUAACAUUACAUUUUCUGUCUGUAUAUAUUUUUAAAAAUAGUAGUUUCUGGAAAAAAGAGAAAGGGGUUUUCCUUUGGAAUAUGGAUAAAUACACCAUGAUAAGGAAACUAGAAGGGCAUCACCAUGAUGUUGUAGCUUGUGACUUUUCUCCUGAUGGAGCAUUGCUUGCUACUGCAUCUUAUGAUACUCGUGUGUAUGUAUGGGACCCACACACCGGAGACAUUCUGAUGGAAUUCGGGCACCUGUUUCCCCCACCUACUCCAAUAUUUGCUGGAGGAGCAAAUGACCGAUGGGUACGAGCUGUGUCUUUCAGUCAUGAUGGACUGCAUGUUGCCAGCCUUGCCGAUGAUAAAAUGGUGAGGUUCUGGAGAAUUGAUGAGGAUUGUCCAGUAAACGUUGCACCUUUAAGCAAUGGUCUUUGCUGUGCCUUUUCUACUGAUGGCAGUGUUUUAGCUGCUGGGACACAUGAUGGAAGUGUAUAUUUUUGGGCCACUCCAAGGCAAGUCCCUAGCCUUCAACAUUUAUGUCGCAUGUCAAUCCGAAGAGUGAUGUCUACCCAAGAAGUCCAGAAACUGCCCGUUCCUUCCAAAGUUUUGGAGUUUCUCUCCUACCGGGUUUAGAAGGAAGGCUGCCUUUCCUGGUAGGGCCAGACAGAACAUCCUUUACAAAACACACCUCAAAGCUUUACCAGCUCAAGCAUCUGUUCUAGAAGGCUCGGAAGAUUUAUUUAACUUGAUCAACUCUUAUACUUCAUUUUAUUAAUUGGACUUUUAAAGCAUUAUUUAUAGACCAUAGGAGAAAUAUUUCUGAACAUAUCAUGUAAUUUUUUAAAAAGAUUAACUGUGAAAACAUAUACAUACAUGUAUGUAUUUAGACAUGAGCUGCUAUGUAUUGAAUGUGCCCAUUUAGUUUUCUAAUUUUUAGUUCUGACCUGUAUAUAUAGCUUUAGUAGAGCCACGGUGUGUAUAUGUGCUGUUUUUUUGUUUUGUUUUGUUUUUUUGAAAACAGUAAACCUUAACUUGGGCCCUACAAGGUAGUUUUAGUUGCAAUUUCUCAAUGAAGGUGGCACUUGCCUAGAUAGCUAGAUCAUAAAUGGCAGCCAGUUCUGGUGCAGGUCCAUCAGCAGCUUGAAAUCAGGCAGACAUUGUGUGCUGAAUGGUAUAUUCUGGGACCCAAGCAUCAAUUACUGUCUUUUUGGAUGGUGUAUUUGUCCUAGCUUCGAUACCGUCACAUGGACAGAUUCCCAUCCACCUUGACAGUUAACUGAAGUGCGGCAUAUAGCAGGUUCACGAACUCUGCAGUCUUGAACAUACAGAGCAGAUUCCCAGCCUGCCCAGUGACCCCCUGAGCUUGACCCUCACUGCUGUGCUGGCUGAAGGCUAGCACACUAGUGUACUCAUCCUUAUCUGUUCAGGCACGAAUAAGAUCAAGCAAGGCUAACCAUGGGAAGCCUCGAUGGCACACAAUGGUGUCACAAUGCCAGUCACCAUUGUGAAUUGUUUGUUGACACAGAAACCCCAAGUACAGGGCAUGAGGCACAACAGCCUCCCCGAUCCAGUUAAACAUCUGCUUAAAGUCUGUGCGGCAGUUUCAAUGCUGCUAUUGGACUGUCAGAUGGUCUCAGACUCUCAGGAUUUGGUCUCAAGCAAUGUCAAGAGUGUCAACCCUUGUCUUAUGUGGUGGUUGUCGAAUCUUCCUUCUCUGGCAUUGGUUACAUUCCCAUCAUUUGUUGUUAUUGCCACAGCCGGGGCAACAGAUUGGUGAUGUGAUUCUGUGCAGCUGAUGCAGCCUACAUGCAAGACACCAGGACAAAUAAAGCAGCCAUGACGGCUUGCAGUACCUCUUGGUCCUGCAGGUUGGCCAUUGGUCACAUCAGGUGUCAUGUAGGGUGCCAGUGCCCAUGGUGCAGGUCCCCACUGCCAGGAGGGUUUGAUACUCCAGCUGGUGGCACACCUGAAAUUCUGUCUUGAGGCCGGUGUGCUGCCAGAUGAUGCAUCCAUGGCUCCCAGUUCCCCAGGGUUGAAUGUUAUGACCUUGUUGAGCAGUUGAAUUGGGAAUGCAUGUGGCCAGGCAGGUCCAGCCAAGCCCAUCAACCAUGCCACAUCUGCUAGGUCAACAUUUUCAUCCCCGAAGCUGUUCUGUGUCAACUCCAUCACUUGCUGAAAGUUCCCUGUCUAGGUUUGAGAAACAGUACAAGCAUACUCAUUGCCACAUGGCUUCCUGCAUGUCAUGGUCUUGAAUUAUGCCUUAUCUCAAUUUAGUGAUUACCUCCCUCACUUAGAGCCCUCUCAGCGCCUGUUCAGCGAAUGGACGUUCGUGAGUGUGGAAACAAGCUUUGUUCCACCUGCUCCCAGCCCCCUCUCAGGUCCUCAAUGCCUUCUAGAAGGAAUGGAUUGUGAGCAGCCCUGAUUCAAGCAUUUGCAAGCACCUGCAAUGCAAGAGUCCAACUUUUAAACAAGUAGGAUGGUUGUUACUUGGUUCCUAACUAUAUGUGCUGUUUGGAGGCAAAUUCAGUGGAAUUUUUAUUCUUUUUUAUUUGGGGGCACUGAGUUUAGAUGUUUGUUGAUGAUUAUUAAUAUUUAAUACUGAUUUAUCUUUUAGUUAAACAGCAGUUAGAACUAAACCAGCUGCAUACCCAAAUCCCUGCAUAAAGACUAGGAUAUUUAUUUAAUUAGCUUAGAGCACAAUGCUGGGCAAUAAUUACUCCAUCUUAAACCUCCAAGCCUGCAUAACUUUCUCCCAUUCAGAUUUCUCACAUUAUACUUGCUUUUUAGUCCUAUCUUAGGUCCGUUCCAUUUCUCCUGAUGUUUCCAGGUCUUCUCCUUUCGGGUUCUCUCCUCCCCUCAGGACCAGGAUGUCCCACCUUAUUCUCUCCAUUGCUCAGCAUUGGCUGGUUGUUUUUAUUGGCAACACAGAGAACAAACGGUAGCAUAUUUACACAAACUUAAGGCAGGUGAUGCUUAGAAUAAGCAUCACAAUGCAAUGUAUGGAAAGUUUUGAAAUGUCUUGAAACCAGAUAGUGGGGGGGGGGUAUCAGCAUUUCAAUGAACAAGGGUAAAUUGUACACAUUCCACAAGAACAUUACACCAACAGAUGACGCUGAAUUUAAGCAGAAUUGCUUCAUAGGAAAUGGAAUUGGUUAGGGUGGGUGGUGUUGAACUGACUAGGGAGAGUUUUUGUAUAUGAAAAAGAAUUUUUUUUUUUCUCAAAGAAUUGUGUCAGGGAGUUUGAAUGUGACAUUUUAAAAAAGAGCCAGGAAAAAGGUAGCUAGAGAAAGGUGAUAUCUCUGUAGGCCUUAAUUUUGGAAAGCAGCUACUUACCGCUCAGAGAAUAAAGUAUUAUGCAUUUUUGUCAAUUUGAAAUAUAUAUUCUACUGUAUUAUUGCUGAAUAUUUUGUUACUACUAAGGGACAAUUAUUAUUUUAAAACUGGUUUUUGGUUUGUUUUUUUUUUUUUAACAUAUAUUCUGUUUCUGCAGAAGAUAAUCUUGGUAACUUACCAAAGAGAAUCAGUACAAUAUGUCCGCUUCAGCCUUCUUUUAUUUAUCUCAUCUGCAGAUGUUGAGAAUGUAUGUAUUAUGUAAAAUGCUUGUUUUAUAUCUUUGAGUUUUUUAAUUAAAGGACAAAAAUAACACUGCAAA